AUGCCUCACGCAACCCUCCCCACCCCCGGCCUUCAAGCCUUCAUCCUCUGCGGCCCCGGCGUCUCGCUCAACACCUUCACCAGCACGCCGAAAGACCUGCCCAAAGCCCUCAUCCCUAUCGCCAACCGGCCUAUGGUAUGGUACCCCUUGGACUGGUGUUACCGCAUGGGCGUGACAGACAUCACCCUCAUCACGCCACCGGAGUCAGCACAGCCAUUGGAAGCCGCACUCGCCACCAACCCAGCACUCACGAGCCUUCCUAACCCGAAGCCUGAGAUCUUGGCGCCGGCGGAGCUGUCGCAGACGUCGGGCACAGGGGAGCUAUUGAGACUGGAGGAGGUGCAGAAGGCGAUUGUCGGCGAUUUCGUGGUGUUGCCUUGUGAUUUCGUCUCGGAGCUGGAGGGGACACGACUGGUGCAGCAAUGGAUGACGCUGAAUCCGCUGGCUGCUGGGUCGAGCAAGUCGAGGAGGAAGGCCGGAGGCAUGGUGAUGUUAUAUCCUACGCAUGGGCUGGAGGGUGUGAGCACGAAGAAAGAUGAGACGGAUUUUCUGGCUACGGUGCAGAUUGCUAAGCCAAGUGUGCCGCCGCCGCAGGGGUCGCUGAGGGAGGGAGUUGAGGAGGUGGUCUUCAAUAUGCCGACCGACACUCUAAACGACAAGUUGGAGGGCGACAAGGGGUACUUGAGGCUAAGGCAGAGUCUUAUGGACAGACGUGGCAGGGUGAAGAUGAGGAUGAAGUGGCGAGACUCUGGCGUUUACAUCUUUCCAAAAUGGGUGAAAGACUUCGCACGGGUCAACGACCGCUUCGACUCGAUUUCUGAGGAUGUACUGGGCUGGUGGGCAAAAGCGGGCUGGCAGGACGGCCUGGCGGACAAAGUAGGGCUACGUGAAGUCCUUGAACCACCACCAACCAGCACUUCCACGGAUAACGGCGCCGAAGACCCCGACGACCAUAUUUCCGCGUCCGACCUCUCCUCCACCAAAUCCUCCCGCCCUGCUCCUGUUCAACCAACACCUCAAUUCGCCUCUCGCGUUCACGUCAACGCGGCUCCUGCCAAAACCCCUCUCACCAUCCCGCCUUUGCUAGCCUAUGUUCAGCCCUCUCCGGCCCCCAGCUUGAUCCGCCGCUGCGACACAACCCCCCAACUCCUCUCCCUCUCCCUACACCUCGCCAGACAACCCCUCACGCACCCCCUCUCACCUGAACACAAAGUCCAUCCCUCCGCGCAGCUGGAGCAACAAACCCGCGUCUCCGCCGAAGACUGCCUAGUCGGCGAGAACGUCAAGCUAGGCUUCCGCAGUAACGUCAAAGAAAGCGUCAUCGGCGCUGGCUGCGAGAUCGGCAAGAACGUGCGGAUCACGAAGAGCUUAUUAAUGGAAGGCGUUGUGGUCGGCGACGGGGUUGUGCUGCAUGGGUGUGUAAUCGGGAGGCGAGCGAGGAUAGAAGGGGUGAAGGCUGUGCCGCCGGCGGAAGGCCAGGAAAGUGGGGAGAAGGCGGAGAAGGGCAAGAAGAAGAAAGGUGCUGCGGAUGAGGAGGAGGAGAGGACGCGGCUGACGGAGUGCGAGGUGGCGCCGAACUAUGUCGUCGAGGCGGGUACGGAGGCCAAAGGGGAGAAGAUGAUGGGGUUCGAUACUGAGGGGGAUGAGGAGGGUGGGUUUGGUGGGGAGGAUGAGGAGAUGGAGGAGGAAGAGUAA